UCUCGAAUGAGUUCAAACCGCUAAGAAUAAUUGUAAGCGGGUCAAAAGGAUCAGGAAAGACAAUGUUGAUGAUUUACUUAGCGCAAUUAGCCUGUCGUAUGUUCGAAGAAAACGAGAAUAAACAGUGCAAGGUAAUUAUAUGCGACGGUUCUGAUGGCAAAGCUCGAGUUCUUUUCUCAGAGCUGAAAAACAAUUUGAAUGAUUCAAACAUCGAAUUUUGGAGACUAGAAAAGUUAUCUAAACUUCAAAGAGGUAUCGUUUUUAUUGACGAAGAACUAUCUGCUCCUACUCUUGUGAAACUAUCCAGAACAAUCAGUAGAAAUGUUCAUUUAUAUUUUGCUUCGUCGAAAGAACCCGGAAAUUCCGAUUUUAGAACCUGGAGAUCUCAACAUUAUCAGGAGUUCAAGCUCGAUCAAACUUUGAGAUCCACAAAACAACUGCACAGGUUUGCCGAAAAUAUCUUCAAAAACAUAGUUGGAAGCCACAAGGUUAUCGAACUAUCCGGGAAUCCACCACAUAGCUUAGAUGGUACUAAUAGAGCUGAUAUUGUAAAUGUUGAAUCUGCAAAUGGUCUUAAAAUUGAUACCUUCAUUGACAAAUGUAUCGAGACAAUUAUGAGAUUUGUUUCACUUUCGUACGCUAUGCCGAGUAUUCUUGUGAUAAUAUCGUUUUUAUCGCCAAAAGCUCAGAUAUUAUUAGUUGCUUGUAUGAAAGAGAAAGGAUUAAUUUUACGCUCUAAUUCUUAUAACCUAGACCUUCAAGGCUGUCAGUUUUUGCCAAUAAUUCAACUGGAGUCUAGCGAUGUUGUCACUGGAAGUGAGUACGGCACGGUUAUUCUUUUAUUAGAGAAAGAUUUCACCGGACGACACCUUGUGGACUUCGUUGAUAGUUUCCUUAUGGUAAUAACACGCGCCACAACAAACCUGGCAAUAGUUGCAACCGACAAGUCUUACUUCAAUUCGGCACUGGAAACACGUGAGAUCUCUGAUUCAGUUACAAAUCUAAAAAACAGAAGAUUUUAUAUUACUGAAAAAAAUUGUUCAAAUUACAUCACGGCGGUGUUAGAAGACGAUGAAAUUUGUCGACCAGACAAAAUUAUUGUCAUUAUUGGCAAUAUGCCAAAAUUGACUUGCUUGGAGGAGACUGAAGUUACGCAACGUUGCCUAAGUUGGUGCUCAACGAAUGAAGUUAAGCAGUACUCUUUUAAGGCAAAAAGUACAACGGUGCUGAAUCUAACAAAUAAAGCAAAAACGAGUUCAGAUGAGGCCCUGAAAUGGUAUCAACAGCAGUGCAUUGCCGCGUUCCUAUUUGUUGUGGAAAAUAGAUUCGACAGAUUCAGUUUCCAAUUAUUGAAUCGAUCAGUUUCUGGAGGCUCAAGUAAUUGUUUUGUUAUAGAAUUUACCUAUAUGACGGUUCCUUUGUUUGAUAUAAGUCAAUUCUGUAAAGGCCUUCAAAAUCAAACAGACGCACUUUGUAACAGACCUUUGGUGCUAUGUCCUCAAUUAGAUCAGUACAAAAGGAGAAUUACAGAUGGUAUCAAGUGUAAUUUAAGUGAAAUGAGGGAUUUGAUAGCAGUACUCAAAGCUCACGUAGAUGCGCGUCCCGGAGACUUUUCUAAUGAAUUCAACCUUUUUGAAUGUCACUUAGAAGCAUUCCAGUUGCUUUUCCUAGAAUAUUUUGAACACGUAAAAUGUGGGGAUAGAAAGCAAGCAGUAGCUACUAGGCAAAAGGUAGCAGAUAUGCUUCAGUACUGUUCUAACUCCUUGCAUAAACAAUUGAAAAUCAUUGUUCAAAAUGACAAAUUCGAUUAUUCGUACCUAUGCAUCCAGUACGCAAAAUGGUCUCUCUGGCUGAAUCCAGAUCUCUCAAGCUUGAACGAAACAGUUAUCGAUAUCUGUCAAAAAUCAAAAAUAAAACUGGAGCAGGAAAAAGUUCACGCCACUAAAUCAUAUGAUCAUGGUGAAUUAUCGGAUUAUGUAGUACCCGAGAAAUGUUUCAACCUUAUACGAGUGUAUGAAAACUGGACCUGGACGAAUCUCAAAAAUCGAGUUGGAGCAGUUCAAAAGUUGGACUUGAUUGGAGCUCACCAGAAUUCUGACCAUAAUGUAAUGUGUCAAUUAUCGAUUGCGAUGAAAGAAAUCCUAGAACUACAAAACUUACUAGAGACACUAACAAACGAAUAUCAAAUCGAAUUUCAGCAAAAUGAUCCGAAAACUAUUUUAGCAGAUAAAAGAAUCUUGAUUGCUAAUAAAUGUGCUGAAGCUGCACAUUGUUGCUUACAGCAAUCAUUUGCCAAGUUCUUCCGUAUUCAUGCUUUAAAGUUUGCCCACCACGGAGUGCUGAUGAAUCCUACCAACUCAGAUUGCUUUGAUAUUCUGAUCAAUUUGUUUCAAUUAGAAAGAGAAGAGGCUGACGAAAACUUGAAAAAGUUUGAGGCCAAGUUUGGUCAAAAUUCAACCGAGAACAAAGAAACAGAUCUAACGACACUGGUUGACAGGGACAUUGAUGCAAUUUCCGUCACUAAUGCAGGCGAAAUUUUUCUCGACCACCUGUGA